AUGGAACACGAUUUCUUCACGACGCAAUCGGUGAGACAUGCUAACGUAUAUCUAUUCCGAUGGGUUUUCCACAACUGGAGUGACAAGUACUGCGUUAAGAUAUUGCAGUCGCUGGUGCUAGGUUUGAAAAAGGGGUCAAAAAUUGUUAUCAAUGCCUUGUGUAUACCUGAGCCGGGAGGGAGUAGCUUAUCAGCCGCCCGAGAGUCCUUAGAAAUGGAUAUCAUGAUGAAGACAUUUAACAACACCCGAGAACGUGAUGCCGAAACCUGGGAGAUGCUAUUUAAAGCUGCGGAUCCGGGAUCUAAGUUCUUAGGAAUUAAGACACCGGCCAGAGUAAGAAUAGCGAUCAUGGAAGCGGAAUGGAGAAUGUAA